AUGGAAAUGCUGACAUGGCUGCCUUUGCUUCCACUCACAUGCUCGGCACUUGGAAAAGCCUACUGCCCCCAGUCCAGCAGCAACAGAUAGCCAACCAACCUGGGGUAGGCUACGUUUAGUGCUCCACUGAAGCUGAAAUGGCAAGCUUGAUCUCCAAACAGUUGGUUGCGCUAAAUUGUACGGUUACUGCCAGGCUGAAUGGGGCACCCCCAUCUGUUGUGAAUGCAAGCUCGAGCGAAGCAUCCUCGGAUGAGAAGAAGGUCACGAAAAGGAGAUUGGCAUUGCUUGGUGCUGGAGCAUUAUCCACUGUGCUACUGAAUAGAAGCUCUGCAUAUGCUGAAGAGGUACCGAAGAACUACCGCUCUUAUGUGGAUGCAAACGAUGGAUAUUCGUACCUCUACCCAGCUGAUUGGAGGGAUUUCGACUUCUUGGGCCAUGAUUCAGCAUUCAAAGAUAAAAAUGUGCAGCUGCAGUCUGUCCGUGUAGCCUUCAUUCCUACUGAGAAAACAGACAUUCAUGACCUGGGUCCUAUGGAUGAGACGAUCUUCAAUUUGGUUAACAAUGUCUACGCUGCCCCGAAUCAAAUACCAACGAUUUAUGACAUGCAAGAGCGUACGGUGGAUGGCAAGAACUACUGGACAUUUGAGUACGAUCUGGAGGCGCCGGGCUACGGCGUAUCGGCAUUUGCGACCGUCGCCAUCGGCAACGGGAGGUACUACACGCUGAUCGUGACGGCGAACGAACGGCGGUGGAGCAGGCUGCGCAACAAGCUUAAGGUCGUCGCAGACUCUUUCAAGAUCUCAGACAUGAAAGCCUGAUCAUGUCCUGGAGAGAUAUGGCAGUGCCCCCUAAUGUACAUGGAUUCUAACUACCAGCGCAAUUAGCAUAUAUGAUUUGUACGACAAUUCUUAGGAUGGCCAAUCUUUUCUUCUUGGCAAACCACAGUUUUCUC